CACGUUGUACACAUCCAGGCAGCAUGGCUGCAGCAAUCGACAGGUUCGAGUUCCUGGUCAAAGAAAUCUCUUGUCACUUGUCAUCAGGAAGAGAUACUCUGGCAGUCGUAGGAGCCCUUUACGUUGUUAAAAAAACAAUCGAUCUAACAUUUUAUACUGUUGACUUUUUUACGGCGUGUAUUGCUAAACAGCUAGGUGUUUAUCGAGACCUGAGUCGGCGUUUCGGACCUUGGGCAGUUGUGACUGGAAGCAGUGAAGGGAUUGGCAGAGCAUAUGCUCAGGAACUUGCAAGCAAAGGGUUAAAUAUCAUUCUAAUAAGUAAAGGAGAGAAUCGGCUCAGCCGUGCAGCCGAAGAAAUACGGGAAAGGUAUCGAGUGGAAACAAUUGCUGUGACAGUCGACUUCAAUGCUGGAAGAGAUGUGUAUGACAGGAUCCGAGAUGCCAUCAAAGGCAAAGAGAUAGGAAUUUUGGUAAAUAAUGUGGGUGUGAUGUAUGAUUACCCUCAGAUGUUCCUUGAUGUACCUGAACGGAGAUUAUGGCAGCUUGUAAACGUCAAUGUAGCUGCUGCAACGAUGAUGACACAUAUGAUUCUCCCGCAAAUGGUUAAAAGGAGAAGAGGAGCAAUUGUUAUAGUAUCAUCAGGUGCCUGUUCCCAAAUUACUCCUCAGAUGACAGCUUAUGCUGCUACAAAGAGCUAUCUGGAUUACUUUGCACGAGCCAUUGGAUAUGAAUACAAGGACAAAGGCAUUGUGGUUCAGUCAUUGCUGCCCUUCUACGUUGCCACAAGAAUGACGCAAUUCAGCAAGACCCUGUCCAAGUCUGGCCUGUUUAUUCCCUCCGCCACAGUGUAUGCUCAACAUGCUGUCUCCACCUUAGGCUACUCCAACAGAACGACUGGAUAUUGGCCUCACACCAUACAGUCUUGGUUCUCUGCCUUGAUACCAGAAAGAGUUUGGAUGUGGGGGGCAUCGCGUCUUAACACGGCUCUCAGACGUCAAGCUCACGAACGAUUACGACGACAUUCAUUACGAAUCAGUGGUAGCUACGAAACUUCGCAGGAUAGCACACCAGAAGAAAGAGUUGUGUCUUGAUGUAUGUUAUACCGUAGGAAUAUCUUCAAGUCUAGAUCUUGUGGGAAACCAUCCUCAAAGGGAGAUUAAGAUUUCAUGAUGUGACUGAUGCAAACUUGCACACCUGCAUAUACUGUCUUUUUUAUCUUUUUUUUUUUUUUAAAUACAUGUAUAUAAGAAUGUUUUAUAUAGUGAACUUGCAGUGUUUGAUACAAAACUUACAUCGUCUUAUUUCAUUGUGAACAUAGCAUAACACAAUUACAGGUAUUGAAUAUGACUACAGAUAAUAAUGUACAGGAAUAGAAAUACAUUUGUUGCUUUGGUUGGCCAGUGACUAAUACAUUGUAUUAACAAACCAUGAAUGAUUGUUUUUUUUUUUUUGUUUUUGAAUAAUUGCUGGUCAUUUUAUAACUGGUAAAUGCAUGACUGUUCAAUGUAAUAAACAUUGAACUAAAAAAGGGAAGCUUAUGACUUUAUAGUUGCAAGAAAAAUCACAUUUGCAACAAUUGUACUUAGACGACAGAUUGGCUAUCGAUGGUGUUUUCAGCCAAUCACAGGUUUUAAUUCCAAAGUACUUAUUGAUGAAGAAAACGUCUUCAUGUGAAGAUAGUAGGGGCGGAGCAAAAAAAAACGUGUGCCGAGCGAGCAGAGAUUGAUUGACAGGUCACCGACCAUGUGACAUCACAACGGCUGCUGGGUGGACACACUGACAGACCAGUGACAUGAAGAGAGGGCGUGACUUUGCAUGAAAUAGCCAAUCAGUUGUCGAAAACGGAUAGAGGUCAUAAUGAAAAGAAUCUAUACUUAGAAUCACUUUACAGCACUGGCAGUAUUCAUCUUUACAUAAAAUUUAACAGAAUAUUAAAUUGUGCAAUCUUUGACACCCAAAGCCACCAAAGACCAUAAUUCAGAAGAGUAAUUCAAUUCUGUUUUGUUUACUUUUCUAUACUACUCUAUAUACCACCCCAUCUAUAAAUUUGCAAAUUGACCCUUGCGUGCGGUUAUGUGAUAAUGUUAUAUACCAAAGAGAUGCCACUCUGUAGUUGUAUCUCAAAACUAACCUUUUGUGUGUUGGUUGAUCAAGAUAACAACAAGGCAAAAACAUCUUGUAUCACCUUCAAAUAGGAAAGACUGUUCAAGAGUAUGAGGUAGAAGGGAAUCAAAAAAAAAAAAAAAAAAAUCUUUCAAAAUAGUAACCUGAGUAUCGUGCUGUUGCUUCAUCAUUAUUCUUGAAACAGAAUUAUGGCUUGAAAAUAGAACAGUCAUGCAAGCAUAAGGAGGCCAGGGCAUAUGCAAAUUACCCAUGUUUUCUCAGCUAUAGUCUCGUAAAUUCACCUUGUUUUCUUGUUAUUUCAAGCUGUCACAGCAAGAAAAUUAGAUUGUAUAAUACCUGAUGUUAUUUAUCUAAACAGAUGUGUUUCUUUCUCAUUUGAUUUUCAUUCCCAUAAUGGUUUAGAUUCUUGUCAGCCCAUACUCUAAAAAAAUAGACUGAAAUAAGUGACUGAUACUCAGGCUAUAAAUUGGUAAAUGAAUGGGUUUAAAAUAACACACGCACUUGUAAUGUCUGCCUGAUAUAUAUCCUGUGCUAUAUAUUUUUGUACUGGAAUGUGAUACAGCAUAUCUAGGUGAAUGAUUUAACUGGAGGAUCCAAAUGAUCAUUUGUACUGAACUGGACUACCUUCAUCACAUUUAAGAUUUUUCUUUCAGUUUAGUGCAAAAUGUGUUUAUGUUCUGAAUGCAGCAAGGUAGAAUGGUUUAAUUGAAAUAUAGAGUGUUACAGUGUCUUUCAUGGUUUAUUUUCAUGAACGAAAUAACUUUAAAAUAAAUGCUAUGGGCUGUAUUUGUUGAACAAGGCUACUGGUAUUAUGAGUUAGUUUAAUGUGAUUAUCUGUAUGUCUAGUGAU